AUGCGAGAAAAGAAACGGAAACAAGAGAUUGCUUGUCUGAAACUUGAAAAGGGACUCCUCGAGGAAGAGAAGUUAACGCAUGAGGAGUCGAUAAAGGAGGAGCAGGCCAUGAGGUUUGCCAAGGAUAAGGAGUUAGCCACGGUCCAGGCCAUGUACAGGGAGGUUGAGACCAAGCUGACAGAAUAUAGAGAGUCCCACGUUCCCAAAGAUCUGCAGAAAUGGAUGACUGCCUUUUGGGCAAGAAUGGUGCCAACUGGUGGAUUGGCAAGCAUCCUGGUGGGCAUUAGCAACAAUGCCAAGGCAUUGGGUGGACAUGGUGUAGCUGUUGCCGCUCUCCAGAGGAUGAAAAGCGGAAGGACUAUCAAUGCCGGAUGGCUUCAGCAAUUCAUAAAGCCGCAUUCUAAGAAGACUCUCUUGAAGCUAUAA